AUGUCUCUCGCUUCCCAAAGGAGAGGACCUUGGUCCCAACAAGAGGACGCCUACCUCAUGCAGCUUGUCAACGACCAGGGCCCUUUGAACUGGGUGCGAAUUGCCCAAGCCCUGGGAACGAGGACACCAAAGCAAUGCAGAGAACGAUUCCACCAGAACCUCAAGCCUACCCUGAACCACGAGCCCAUCACUCCUGAGGAGGGUGCCCAAAUCGAGAUCCUCGUCAACGAGAUCGGUAAGAGGUGGGCAGAGAUCGCAAGAAGGCUGCACGGCCGCAGUGACAACGCCGUCAAGAACUGGUGGAAUGGAAGCCAGAACCGCAGAAAGCGUCACGAUCGUCGCAGGGCCAACCAAGGCAGCAACUCCGGCUACGACGACCGCAGAUAUGGCCACUCUGGCUUCCGCCCUACUUUGACCAUCAACUCUCAUACCGCCUCCUACUCUCACGCCAGACACGGCAUGUCAUCGCCUGUCUCUCCCGCCUUUUACACCCACAGCCACAACUACUACCAACUCGAGUCGCCGCUUCCGUCGCCCAACUCCACCUCUUCACCUGGCAGCGAUGGUCUCGACGGAGAGACGUCCACCAUGUCCGAUGCCGCUUCGAGCUACACCACUUCACCCCAAUGCCUCUCUCGGGGCACCUCGCCAUCUGUCCAAUUAGCCCCGCUUCGCAUGGAUGAGCACUCGGCCCCUCGCUCACUCCCAUCCUUUGGUAGUCUUCUCAAUGCUCCGGGCGAUAGAAAAGAAGUCGGCCACAUGCCCCUGCCUUCUCUCCCAUCGCACCUCCUCACAGCACCCAAUUCACCUGUGAGGAGCACAGUCCAACAAGCCCUGCCGCCGCCUUCUCCUUCAGCUGCAGACAAGGACUCGAGGAUGGAUGUUUCCGCCCUCCUGGGCUGA